AUGCGCAGUGCCGCGAGCGGAGCUCAGCUGGGCAGUGUUUACAGCCCGAGCGCGCCGGCCUGGGCUGAGCGGAGGCGAACGGAACCGAACGGAGCCGAACGGAACCGAGCGGAACCGAGCGGAGCCGAACGGAACCGAACGGAGCCGAACGGAACCGAGCGGAACCGAGCGGAGCCGAACGGAACCGAACGGAGCCGAACGGAACCGAGCGGAGGCGAACGGAACCGAACGGAACCGAGCCCAGCCGAACGGAACGGAGCGGAACCGAACGGAACCGAGCCCAGCCGAACGGAGCCGAGCCAUCCGCUGAGCGUUUAUAGGAGGCUGCUGAAGAUGGGAGGUGCGGUGAGUGCGGGAGAAGAUAACGAUGAAUUAAUUGAUAACCUGAAGGAGGCCCAGUACAUCAGGACAGAGCUGGUGGAACAAGCAUUCCGAGCCAUUGAUCGGGCAGAUUACUACCUGGAAGAGUUCAAAGACAAUGCCUACAAGGAUUUGGCGUGGAAGCAUGGAAAUAUUCAUCUCUCAGCACCAUGCAUUUACUCAGAGGUGAUGGAAGCUUUGGACCUGCAACCAGGGCUCUCGUUUCUGAACCUUGGCAGUGGCACUGGUUAUCUGAGUUCCAUGGUUGGACUCAUCCUGGGUCCUUUCGGGGUUAACCACGGUGUGGAGCUUCAUUCUGACGUGAUCGAAUAUGCGAAGCAGAAAUUGGACUUUUUCAUUAAAACAAGCGACAGCUUUGACAAGUUUGAAUUUUGUGAGCCAUCCUUUGUCAUUGGCAAUUGUUUAGAGAUUUCUCCAGACUGCACUCAGUAUGACCGUGUUUACUGUGGUGCUGGAGUCCAGAAGGAGCACGAGGACUACAUGAAGAGCCUGUUGAAAGUUGGGGGAAUUCUUGUCAUGCCUCUAGAAGAGAAGUUGACUAAGAUAACUCGGACUGGUCCUUCUGCCUGGGAGACCAAGAAGAUUCUUGCUGUUUCCUUUGCUCCUUUAAUUCAGCCAAACCACACAGAUUCAGGAAAAUCGAGGCUCGUUCACUUGCCCCCCGUGGCGGUUCGCAGCCUGCAGGACCUGGCUCGCAUCGCCAUCAGAGGCACCAUCAAGAAGAUCAUCCAUCAGGAGGCCAUGAGCAGGGCUGGCAAUGGGCUGAAGAGCCCGGCCAGGUUCAAGCGGAGGCGGCUGCGGCGCCGGCGCAUGGAGACCAUCGUGUUCCUGGACAAGGAGGUGUUCGCCAGCCGCAUCUCCAGCCCCUCAGAUGACAACAACAACAGCGAGGACAUGGACGAGGAGAGGCCGGAGGAGGAGGAAACCAAACCCUCUGAACUAAAGCCAGAGCCUCCCGUAAACUUUCUGAGAGAAAAGGUCUUGAGCCUGCCGUUGCCCGAUCCCUUGAAGUAUUACUUGCUUUAUUACAGGGAAAAGUAGAUCUUCUUUUAGAAAGUGGGGAGUAGGCAGAGAAUAAAGUAUUCCUUAGGGCUUGACAAAUGUGUCCCACUUGCUUGCCUGCGAAUGUGACACCCGAGGCAGUAGGCUGGCUGGGGAAUGUGGCUGCUGUAAACUUUGACAUUAUAGCUUUUUUGAGUUCCUUCUUUCUUCUCAGUUGUGUGCUCUAGUUUUAUUCUACAGCAGGGAUUCCUUAGGAAGCAAGUUGGUGAAGUGCUCAGCUGCUUAUGGAAAGGAGGAUUUAAUUCCCUCGAAACUACCCGCAGGAGAUAUUCCUAAAAAUCUCAUGGCUGCUCUACCAAAUAUCAGUUGGGAAGAACUCCUGAGCAGCUCCCCAAAGACCUUUCCCGUCUGUGCUCUCUCCCACUGAACCUGCCAUGUAUUUGCCAUGGUGUGUGUAUAAUGGAGGAUGAAGAUUAUUAGUUAAAACCUGACCUGGCAAAUCAUGUUUCUUCCAGUAAUCUGAAAAGCACAACUUUUACAGAAAGGAAAGAAUUUUUUGCAAUUACCCUUGUGGCAUCCAGGUUUUGAAUGAAAUGGAAAGCAUCAGCUCCCCUUUGGUUGGUCUGCUUUGCUUGUAAAUUAUAUAUAAUUUUUCAGUAAAAAGUGUUUCACAAAAUACUAUUUUUUUUAAAGGGAAAACCCCUGUUCUAGAGAACGAGUUGUUAGAUUUUUGUGGUUCUUUUAAAGUGAUGGAGGCAAGUGAGGAAUUGCAAAGCUGUUUAACUUUGACAGGAUGCAAGGGUAGUCAGGGUUGGGACUGCUGUCUCUGAAAAUGUUUACAGAGUAAUUCUGAGUGGAGAGAACAAUUCGGAGGGUAGAGAAAAGCUGCAGAGCAGUGAGUUUGUGCAAGCUGAAAGCAGUAUCUGUGGGUUUUGCUGUCAUGUGAGAUAACUCAGAUUGUCUGGGCUGAGCAGAGUGAGGUGCAGAGCAGCAGCCUGAGCAGUAAAUCAGCCAAACAGAGUUUUGUGGGGGGUCUGCAGAACCUGAGAGCAGCCUAGAGAGCCAAACUGAUGCAGUUCUCAGGGGUUCCUGUGUGUGUGUUCCUGCUGUGGCAAGGUGGCCAGAAUACAACUUGUUCACCAGUGUUCCACAGGAGAGUGGAGCUGCUCAGCUUGGUAGGUGAUUUUAUUCCUGCAGCAAUGAAGUGGAAAUUUUAACAGGUUCUUAUGGAAGGUCUUGUCACUCUGCAGUUCUGUGGAUGUGAGCUGUAAUUUUUAUUUCCAAAAUUCUCUGAAAUGGAGAUGGAGGGGGAUGCCAUGGAAUCACAGGAUCACAGAAUGAUUUGGGUUGGAAGGGACCUUAAAGAUCAUCUUGUUCCAACCCCCUGCCAUGUACAGGGGCACCACCUUCCACUAGGCCAGGUUGCUCCCAGCCCCAUCCAGCCUGGCCUUGGGCAGUUCCAGGAAUGGGGAGUCCACAAUCUAUGUGGAUAAUAAAAUACUGUGUUUAGAAGAGGUUUACUUGGUUCAGCCUGUUUGGAAAAUGUACCUGGACUGGUAAAGGCUGGAAAGAAAACCUGGAGUUUGUGUUGAUGUGAAAUAGUCCUAAAGCUGGGGGGAAUGAAAAGUUCUUUCUCAGCAAGUAAUGAAACUGUGUUAAGGCAUUGCCCCAUCAGAAGCACUUAAGUUGGUAUCACUUUGAUAUCUUUUGGGUUUUUUUGUGUGUGCUGUCUCCUCAUUUUCUGAGGAGGAAUGAGUGAAGACUGUAUUGUCAAAUGGUCCUGAGUUGCACAACUUGCUUCAUGAAAAAUAGUUUCAAAGGUCUGUGUGACUUAGAAAAUAAAUGAAUUACAUGUAUGUCUGAGCCUGAAGUGGAGAACUUUUCCUUGCUUAACAGGAUUUUUGUGUCUCUUCAGGAAUAUUGUCUGAUAAUCCUGUAUCAUGUGACUGCUGGCAUGUAACAGUCAUAGGAUGGGUUUUGCCUCUGGUUUGCUGUCUCCACUUCUGAUCUCAAUGGUACCCCAAGUUAUCCCCUGAAAUCCUUGUUAUCCAAGUUAUCCCCAGAAUCCCUUGGAUUCUGAUUUCUUUAUUUGCAGUGAGCUGAUGUUUCCUGUAAAGAUGCACGUACCCAUCAUUGGAUUCUGGCAUCUCCCAUGAAUUUCUUUCUACAAAUGCAAGUCCUGAAUGUGGUGGUAAAUAGAGGGUUAGUAUAACCCGUGUGUAAUUAUUUUCAGUGCUUCCCUUCAGGCUAUGGCCUCUUACUUGUUGGAAAAGUCUUUAAUGGGUGUCAUGCCAGGUAUGUGCCUUUGGAUUGUGGCACAAUUUCCUUGCCCCUCCAUAGUCCAGGGUGCCUCCUGCUUUUGGCUACCAGGUCAUUCUUCAGUUUAAUCACAGCACUGCUAAAGAAGUCCCUUUAAAAAUGACAUUAAACUUCAGGUUCCUGUUAGUGAGCCUUGCAGAGAUUCUGUUAAAGCUGACCAGUUGAGGGAGGAUUAUCUUGCAUUUAUCCCUUGUUUGGUUUUUAUCCCCAUCCCAGCCGCAGCUGUAAAAGGUAUUUUAUCAGAUUUUUCACCAGAUUUGCCUUUUUUAUUACAUUUGCUAGAUUUUGUAGCUUUCUAUAAGAUGCAUAAAUACUGCUAUUUUUUUUCCUGGAUAAGGUUGAAUAAAUAAAUAAAUAUAUAUAUAUAUAGGAAAUCUAUGUUCUAGCUUGUUGAAUUAUCCCCUUGUCCAAACAGAUCUAAACAAAUAGUAGAAAUUUUAUGUAUAAUAUAACUGUGAAAUAGUAUUGCUUACAGCCUGUAAAUAAAGGGGAAUUGUAAAUACAUUUUCCUGUGCACAAGCACUUGCACUGUAGUUUUGUAGGCAUUUCUAGCAGAGGGAUUGAGGCAGAGCUGGGUUUGUAUGGAUCUGUGAGCUGUCCAGGAAUUGUACCUGCUUUGUUUCCUUUUGUGUUCUCAGUAGUUAUCACUUACUCCUUUUAGGUUUCGGUCCUGCAGCAAAUUUGCAAAGAGAACUGAACUUUAAGCUGCUUUAGUCACGAGUGUGUAAGCUGAAAAAUCUCUGUAUAGAAACUAGAGUUCAGUUGGCCUGAGGCAUGCCAGAAGUGUUAUGCAUUUUAAACUCAGUGUUUUAAACAGUGUUUCUGUAUCAAUAAAUUCAGUAAAGACUUUUAGCCUUCUUAACGUGGCUUUGCAUUAUGUCGUGAUUAGAAUACUUUGUAGGUGAGUGCUUAUUUCCAUAAUUGGAGGUCAGGACACAAAAACAGCAGAAGAAAUGCUUAACAAUAUGGUGCGGGUGCAUAGUUUUAGAUGAACCCCUCAGAAUGUGCUCUCUCAAACCUGCCCAGAUGAUGAGUUCCAAACCUUGAAGUAAAGCAGCUGUGCAGGAUGAAUUUUGGGAUCAGCACACGCAGAACUGAUGUAUAUUUAUUGUGUCAGACUGAUUAAAGAGUGGACUUUGUUCCCUGGCUGUUUGACCUGUAAAUAACAGAUACCAAAAGGUGAUUUCAUUCAUUUCUGUACUUCAAGGAGUUGCCUAAACCAAAUGUGUCGGAGUUUGUUCUGUGCAUUCUGAACUGCAGCUCCCCUCUUGUCCCCUGGGCUCUCUCUGAGUGUUUAAUUAACGUGGAUUUUUAAGAGCGGGUGUUCAAGGCUUUCAUUUCUCCAGUAUUGAGAACAAUAUUUUGGUUUCAGCUGUGCUAGGAAUCUGAUCAUAAUAGCAAAUACAGCUGCUGCUAAUUAAAUGAAUCUGUUAACCUUUAUUCCAUAGGAUAAUUGCUUGUCUGUGUGUUUCUUCCUGUCAUCUGUGUGUAUGAUAAAUGUCCUUUUCCCAGCUAUAACAGGAGAUUAGUUCGAUGUUAAUGUUUUCCUUCACAUGACGUGUGCUGAAAGAAAAUCCUUUUCUGCUUUGAAAAGCCAUGGAUGUGUCAUACAAACGGUAUUGAGGAAAUUAAACUUGUCAGAUGA